GGAUCAACAUUUUUGUUAAUCCGCUCGUACGACGAAGCGCGAAACCUCUUCGCUCUUUUUCUGACUAUCAAUUUAUUCCUCAUUCUGUUUGCAUUAAUUGUCAACGCGUCCAUAUGCUAUAUUAUGAUUCGUGGGAAACGGUACAAACGAAACAGGUCCAAUCUAUUUAUCACCCAUUUGUCCGUGAUGGAACUGAUAUAUCGCUUCCUUAUAUUUCCCUUGCUUGUCUACCUUGCUGUUCCAUCAUCAGGAAUACAGAGUUUCCAUUGUAAAGUUGCAUCUUUCUUUUCAAGUACCUCUGCAUCAGCCAUCUUCGUGAGUCUGGUUGCCAUCGCUGCAGAUAGAUACCACAACAUUCUUCAUCCCUUGGAGAACUUGAAAUCAAAACGGAAGCCCACUUUGCUCCUAUCUGCGGUUUGGGUGUAUUCUGCUGUUGUGUCAAUCCCAGUUGUCGUCAGUGCGAGAGCUGUUCCAGUUUUAGAGAUCCCCGAAGCUCGAGAAAUGACUUGCGACAAUUGUGCUCAUGAGAAGCUUUGUGAUAUCCCUCAAAACUCGCUGGGUCGAUCCUCCACCACAUUUUAUUUUCUUCUUGCAUUUUUUAUUCCACUGGCCGUCAUCUUUUGGCUUUACACGAAAGUAGCCAUCUUCCUUUAUCGCAGAGGCAAGAAUGGAAUGAUGCACAAAGUAAAGGCCAGGUCAAAAUCCAAAGCAGUACGAAUGCUCACAAUAACCGUUAUUGGAUAUGUGCUGUCUCUUGGUCCCUAUGUUGUUGUGGCAAUGCUCAGAUCCUACGGUAUUUUUAACGAAACUCCAUUUGGUAUCAUGUUUCUCAUUAAUGGGCUGGUCGAUUUUGCCUAUCAUACAAGUUCACUUGGAAAUCCGUUGAUUUAUUCGUAUUACAACGGAAAUUUUCGAAACGAAAUCGUCCGGCUUUGUUGUAGAAGUAAAGGUGGAGAGGUAGCUCCAUAUGCAGUGACAUUUGUUAAUUCACAAAUGAAUAACUAAUCACAUUUGCGUCUCUUUCUUUCUUAAGAAAGACAGCACUGAAUGAUUGGCACAGUUUCAUUAACCAGUUGAUGAGUUCUACAUUGUAAGGGUUGAAAACAUUUCCAACGAAUUAUGAAUUUGUAGGAAUUGUACCUUAUACCAGCCUGGGAAAUCACACGUGUCUACAUUGUUGAAGCUUUGCAUUAACUUUGCACUUGUCAUGAGUUUGAGAUAGCGGUUUGGGAUUAUUUAAUUUCGUAAAAAUUAUAACUUUAGUAAUGGCACUUAUUUUAGAUGCGCUCAAAUAGUCUAAUAUUGAUAUUUUUUUGUAAGAGGAGGCAAACAACUUUCAUUAUAAGCCAAACUAUUGGAUAUGGUUCUCAACGUCGAUGUAGGCGCCUCAUUAGUUUGUCGAACCAAUCAAUCAAAUCUUUAUUCAUAAGCUUUAAUUAACUUAUAAGAAUAUGAUAAGGAGCUACUGAGAUGACUUUAUUAUCGUAGAAGUUAACUGGCAAAUCCAAUAGAUUUUCAUCGGAAAGUCGACACAUUAACGGUUGGGGAGGUAGCAGACAAAAUAAGGAGCAUUGUUUCUGGUUUCAUAUUGUUAUUCAAGUGGAAAUGAUGAAAUACAUUUAACUCUACUUUUAUAAAACCUUCAUUCGGAUGUUUUAAAAGGAGCGGUAGAAAUUGAUUUUUUCAAGCCCCUACCUUUAAGUAGAGGUCAUUAAGAGGUCACAAUUUUAAUACGUAAUUGAAAAUUGUUAAAAACCAUAGAAACGAGUUUGCUAACAACAUUAGCAUUUUUAAAACGCCUCGGGAUGUAACUAAAGCUGCUGCACGUAGAUGACUGAUUUGCAGAUUAAGUAUAUCAUUCAUAGGUACAGAAACCUGCUAAUGGCGUUUGAUUUACAUGCUAAUGGAACUUUAUCUUCUGGAGGUGUAAUGUUCGAAGCUGACGUAGAACACAGAAAAAAAGAAACAGAGCAAUGAGUCGUUGAGCGGAAGAGUGAACUCUCAGGUACAAUAUCACGAGCUCUUACUUAUUGAGAAACUUUGAAGGAUCUCAUUAAACUGAAAACUACUCAUCAAUUGGAAACGAUUUAAUUUCCAAACAUUUUUCAGCUGGUUUGGUAUUGAAACUCAAGUUAUGUGUGAUGGCUGAGGAAGAUGCCAUGAGGAAUGACACGCAGUACAAGUUCGUUAAUCCGGGCUCAACACUUUCGCUGAUUCGCUCGUACCAAGAAGCGAGACACGUCUUCGCUAUUUCUCUGUCUUUAAAUUUACUCCUCAUUGUGUUGGGAAUAAUUGUGAAUGCGAUCAUAUGCUAUGUUAUGCUGCGUGGGAAACGCUAUAAGCGAAACAGUUCCAAUCUAUUUAUUACUCAUUUGUCGGUGGUUGAACUGGUUCAUCGCUUGCUUAUCUUUCCCAUUUUAAUUUCCUUCGCCAUUCCAGCGUCGGGAAUUCAAAGUUUCCAGUGUAAAGUUGUAUCAUUCUUUUCUCACGUCUCUGCAUCGGCCAUAUUUAUUAGUCUGGUUGCCAUUGCUGCUGAUAGAUAUCAAAACAUUGUCCAUCCAUUGGCAAACUUGAAAUCAAACAGAAAGCCCAGUUUGCUCCUAAUUGUGGUUUGGGUGUAUGCUACCGUCGUGUCAAUCCCAACUGUUUUCAGCGUAAAAGCCGUUCCAGCUUCAGAGAUUCCGGAGGCUAAAGGUAUGACCUGCGACGCCGAUUGUGCUGGCAAGAAGCUGUGUGAAAUCCCUCAAAACUCAUUGGGUCGAUUUUCAACCACUUUAUAUUUUCUUCUUGCAUUUGUUAUUCAACUUGUCGUCAUAUUUAUAUUUUACAACAAAAUAGCCAUCUUCCUGCAUAAUAGAGGCAAGAAUGGGAUGAUGCACAAAGUAGCGGUAAGAUCUACGUCCAAAGCAAUACGAAUGCUAAUAAUAACUGUAUUAGGAUACAUGAUUUCUCUCGGUCCUCGUGUUGUUGUGGCAGUAUUGAGAUCUUACGGCAUUUUUAACGGAACUUCAUUUGCGGCCAUGUUUUUAUUUCAUGCUUUGGUGGAUUUUGCGAGUUAUUCAAGCUCAAUGGGAAAUCCCCUGAUUUAUUCGUACUACAAUGGAGAUUUUCGAAAGGAAAUCGUCCGGGUUUGUCGCAGAAAAAAAAAAAAAAAAUUGCCUCAUAUGCAGUGA